AGCACACCGGUCAUUAUUUAAGCCACUAUCCGAGUACGAGUUGCGGAUCCGUGCCACGCGUGUAGAAUAUCUGCCUGCAGAUCGUGCUCCGAUUUCGGUUUAAAACCGGGAGACGACGCACCCUAACGUAGCUGGCAGUUGGCUCCGAAGUCUAGGACACGGGCUCGCUUUGUCUAUCUUGCACGAAGACGUGUUCAAGGAACGCUUGAGAAAUCACGAUGGCGGCAGCGGUAGAUUUCCAGAAUCAGCCACAGGCGGAUGGUAUGCAGGAUCAAUCAGGGCACCAACAGCCAAACGAAUCUCAUCAUCAGAAUCAGGAGCAUAGUCAACAGCAACAGCACUCCUCGUCACAAUCCUCGCAGCAACAGGCAACCGCCGGUAUUCCUGGCAAGGACGACGAGCGGAAGCUCUUUAUUGGCGGCUUGUCCCGAAAUACAACCGACAAAGAGCUGCGGGAUCAUUUUGGCAAGUUCGGUGAAAUCGAGAGCAUCACAGUGAAGGUCGAUCCACAUACCGGCAUUUCACGCGGUUUUGCAUUCAUGGUGUUCACCAAUCCAAAGACCAUCGAUAAGCUUCUUGCAUCAGGCGAACAUUACGUCAAUAAGCGAAAGGUAGAUCCAAAACGUGUUAGUAAAAAACCUCAACAUGGUAAAAUCUUUGUGGGUGGUCUUACUCCCGAGAUUUCUGAUGACGACAUUAAGAACUACUUCAGCCAAUAUGGUACCAUUGUUGAACUGCAGGCACCUUUCGAUAAAGUUAAAAAUCAGCGUAAAGGCUUUUGCUUUAUCACGUUUGAUUCAAAAGAAGUUGUAUACAAAUUAUUGAAAACGCCUAAGCAAACAAUUAAUGGUAAGGAAGUAGACGUGAAGAAAGUCAAGGUUAAUCCGGAUCCAAGAAAUCAGGGCUUCUGGGCGCCUGGUUACGGAUAUGGAUAUGGUGGCGGUUAUGGCUACAUCCCUGAAUACAAUGGUUAUCAUAACUAUGAUGACAUGUACGCGAACUACGAUUACGCUGGUUACGAUGGCUACGACAAUAUGGGAUAUGGUCCCAAACCGCGAGGUGGGACAAUAUUUCGUCUACCAAACCGAGACUGAAUCCGGGAUUUCGAGGGGGGGAAAAAAUUUUAAAAAGAAGGAAAACAAGAAAAAAACCAAAAAAACCAGAAAAGCUUAACGAGUUAAUAACUUAUUAAGCAAAGAAAAAGCCUCGGAUCCCCGAAUUUAGUACGUUAUGAAGGAAGCUUGCGCAAGUAAUGGAAAUUAACAAAAACAAUGGAAGAUAACAACUAAGAAUAACAAUAUUAAUAUCUUCGUUUAACAAAUGUUGAGCAAAAAGUCAAUCGUUUUCCAAAACCAGUGCUUCAUAAUUGAGAAUUGUAACGAUCGACUGCAAUUAUAUUUUUCUCUCCAUAGUAUCUCCAAUUUUAAACACUGAUUAACUUAAUUGGCAAUUAACAAAUUUGAACAAACUUGCUGAGCAAGAUUCCUAAAGUCAAAUCAGAUUAAGGAAACGAGUACGCUCGUUAAAAGAGUUCAAUGACCCCAUUUUUUGACUACUCUGUACAUUGAAGAUGUGUGAAGUAAUUGCAUAUAAAUGCGAUGUAAUUGUAACAGAUAUGUUGCCUCUUUAUACUAUGUUAUACUUUUUGCGCUCCAAAAGUGAAAAUAAGUGUACACUGAGUAUAUUCUAUUUGACGUUCACAACCAUAGACAUAGUUCGUUUAAAAAUGAUGCUUGCGAGCAUUAUUUUAUUUUUGUUUAAUUAAAUCAGGAUGAAUUGAUGCUUGCAAGCGUUGAAAACGCCAGAUGGAAUGUGCCCAAUGUAUGUGCGUGAUGUAUAUGAAUAUGAAAGAGAAGAAAGAGAAUGAGUGAUUUCUCUCUCGGGAGGUUAGAAAGGACAAACCUUUAGAUAGGUAGAUAUUGAUAAGAUAUCCAUUAAUUACCAUGUCCAAAAUCGUGCUUUUUAUCGUCUCGAUGAUUUUUUUAUCGCGCAAAGAAUGCUUUACAUAUACAACCUUACAAUACAAAAAACAUAAAAUAGCAUGAAACUUUUUCUUGCAUAAAACUUUAGUGGCAAUUAUAAUACUUUAACUCCACUCGAUGAACUUGUCUCUCUUUGUACGAGCAACGUUUGUAUAAAAAUAGUUCAACAGAAAUGUGUAAAGGUCUGUGGUAGAAGUCUGUAGUUUCCAAUCACGUGAAAGAACAUACACCAACGAACGAAUUUGUUUUAUCAACAGUGUCAGAGUCAAACAUUUACUCAGUACAGUGAAUAUCAAUUAAUAUGAUGCGAUUGUAUAUUAAGAAGGCGAGAAAAGUUUUGUCGCAAGUAUUGAAAUAUGAUUUG